AUGAACAAGGUGGACGAGAUCAAGGUGGUCAAUCGGCAGCAGCAGCAGCAGCGCAUCUCGGCGCACAGUCACAUCCGCGGCCUUGGCGUGAGCGAGGACGGCAGCACCGUUAGCGAGAGCUGCGGCCUGAUCGGCCAAGUCGAAGCCCGAAAGGCGGCCGAUGUCAUCGUCUCGCUGAUCAAGAUGAAGAAGAUGGCCGGCCGGGCGAUUCUCUUUGUCGGUCCACCCGGGACCGGCAAAACGGCCCUUGCGCUUGCCAUCAGCCAAGAGCUAGGCAACAAGGUGCCCUUCUGCCCGAUGGUCGCCGGCGAGGUCUUUAGCGCCGAGGUGAAGAAGACGGAAAUUCUGAUGGAGAACUUCCGCCGGGCCAUCGGCCUGCGCAUCAAGGAGACGAAGGAGGUCUACGAGGGCGAAGUUGUGGAGAUCACUCCCGUGGAGAAUGACAGCCCGCUGGGCGGCUACGGAAAGCAGCUGACCCACGUCGUCCUCGGCCUGAAGACCACCAAGGGCUCGAAGCUGCUGAAGCUGGACCCUUCGAUUUACGAAUCUCUCCAAAAGCAGCACGUCGAGGUGGGCGACGUGAUCUACGUGGAGGUGAACAGCGGCUCGCUGAAACGUUUGGGCCGCUCCGACGCCUACGCCACCGAGUUCGACAUUGAGGCGGACGAGUACGUCCCCGUUCCAAAGGGGGACGUCUACAAGAAGAAGACCGUCAUCCAGGACAUUACCCUGCACGACCUCGACGCGGCCAAUGCCAAUCCCCAGGGCGGCCAGGACGUCCUGUCGAUGAUGUCGCAGCUGCUGAAGCCGAAGAAGACGGAGAUCACAGAGAAGCUCCGAAAAGAGGUCAAUCGGCGGGUGAACGCCCUUCUCCAGGAUGGGACCGCCGAGCUGGUCACCGGCGUCCUCUUCAUCGACGAGGUGCACAUGCUCGACAUUGAGUGCUUCACCUUCCUCUCGAAGGCCAUCGAGUCGGAGAUUGCGCCCAUACUGGUUAUCGCCUCCAAUCGAGGUCGCUGCCUGGUGCGGGGAACGGAGGACGUCAUCGGCUCGCACGGCCUUCCCCUCGACUUUAUCGAGCGGACGAUGAUUGUCCGCCUGUUGCCCUACAAGAUUGAUGAGAUUUAUAAGAUUCUCAAAAUCCGCGCCCGCAUCGAGGGCAUCGAGUUGGAAGAGCCUGCUCUGAAGCACCUCUCCGAGCUAGGAGCGAAGACGACCCUCCGCUACGCCGUCCAGCUGCUCAAUCCCGCCCACCAGCUGGCGAAGGCCUACCGCCAGGCAGCGAUCACCACGGCGGUCGUGGACGAGGCCCGGGAGCUCUUCAGCGACGCGAAGCAGUCUGCGGAGUUUGUCCGCGAGACGGCCGACAUUAUCAGCCGCGAGUGCGAGACCAAGACCUUCUGGUUCGUGGUCGAUGUCAGCGAUGAGCGGCAGGUGGAGGAGGCGGCCUCUCAGGUGCGAACCAAAAUUGGCGACGUCGAUAUUCUGGUCAAUAAUGCGGGAAUCGCCCCUUGCGAGCCCUUUAAGGAGCUCACCAGCGAGAAGAUUCGCCGCGUCUUUGACGUCAACAUUUUGGCGCAUUUUUGGACAAUCAAACAGUUCCUGCCGGCGAUGGAGCGCAACAAUCGCGGGCACAUUGUGGCGAUUGCCUCCUCGGCGGGAAUCAUGGGCAGCCCGUACUUUACUGCUUACGGAGCAAGCAAACACGCCGUCGUCGGCUUCAUGAAGUCCCUCUACGAGGAGAUGGACGUCAACAGUUCGAUCAAGCUUACUACGAUUUGUCCGUUGGGAAUCUCUGGAACCGGAAUUGACAUUCCCACAAAGACUCGUUUCCCCUUUCUCCUGCCGAUCAUGACGCUGGAGUACGCCGUGGAGCACAUCUUUGAGUCGAUUCUGCGAGAGGAGGAGCUGGUGGUCCUCCCCUAUACCUUCAAGUGGAUUUACCGGUUCAUUAGCAUCUUUCCCAUGAACAUCGCCAGCUCCAUUUGGAAGUGCCUCGACUACGAGGUUGUGCCCAAGGGCGUCUACGCGCCCAUCGGUCGCGCCCACUACUACGACCGCAUCAACCGGAAGAACUCGAUGAUUCGGACGCGCAGCAACAGCGUCAGCAACAAUGGCAACAACCAACAACAGCAGCAGCAGCAGCUGCUGCAAAACUCAUCCGCCCAUCCGGCCAAUGCCCACUAUCUCAACUAUGCUGCUGCUGCAAAUGCGCAUGCCUCCACG